AGUCAGCUGUUGAGAGCGGACGUGUUUACAGCGUUGCGUUGAAUAAAUUAACACAUUUUAAACCAAACACUGUUGAUUUUCUAAUCUUCCACAUAUCCGAAUAAAGGAAAGAAAUCUAGACUAUUCGAAAUCUCACCACGUCUUCCACGAUGGCCCUCAAUUUGGACGAAUGUUACGACCAUGUCAUGGGACUGGUCGAACAGGCUGGCACGAUUAUUGCCGAACGCAACUAUGGCGAGAAAGCCGUGGUCGAGAAGUCGAGCAAUAUCGAUUUACUCACCGAAACGGACCAGCAGGUCGAACGGCUGCUGAUGGAUGGUAUCAGUGGGAAAUAUCCGGAUCAUAGGUUUAUCGGUGAGGAAGAGACCAGCGCCGGGAAGCAGGCCGAGUUGACGGAUGCCCCAACCUGGAUCAUCGACCCUGUGGAUGGUACCAUGAACUUCGUUCACAGUUUCCCUCAUUCCUGCAUUUCGAUUGCCCUGCUGGUUGAAAAGGUCGCGGAAAUUGCCAUCAUCUACAAUCCGAUUUUGAACCAGAAAUUCACUGCUCGUCGUGGCAAGGGUGCGUUCAUGAACGGUAAGGCAAUCCGUGUGUCCGGUGAAACUCGGCUGGAGCACGCCCUGGUCACCACGGAGUUUGGAACCAGUCGUGAGGAGGAAAAGACUACGGUUGUUCUGGAAAACAUUGGCAAGCUGGUUCGCGUAGUUCAUGGAAUGCGCAGUUUGGGAUCGGCAGCCCUCAAUAUGGCGAUGGUGGCGCUGGGAGGGGCGGACUUUAACUACGAGUACGGAAUCCACGCGUGGGACAUUGCCGCCGGAGAUCUGCUGGUGCGCGAAGCUGGUGGAGUUUGUUUGGACCCCGCUGGUGGGCCGCUAGAUUUGAUGUCACGUCGUGUGUUGGCUGCGAGCUCGCAGGAAUUGGCCGAUAAAGUGGUCGCCAUGCUGACGCAGUACUACCCGCAACCGAGAGAUUAAGAAUUACUUAACUGAAAAAAUAUUGAAUUAGAAUGUCUAUUUAACUGAAAAGUUAAUCUGGUGUACUUGAAAAUGUUUUACUUAAAAAAUUAGUAAUCUUUCCAUUUUGUAUAUUUUUGUUAAAGUCUCAAGAUUAAUAUACCUUUUCUUGAAGUAAUGUUAAGUUCAAUAGUGCAAUAUUUUGUACCUCAUAUUUAAAUUCUGUGCCGGUUAACGAACAAAAAGUAGUUAUAAAAUAUGAUCAAUAUUACUUUCGAGAUAUUCAAUAAAGCGUUAAAACUGCA